GAAAGGAAGCAAGUGAGAAAGAGAAAUUAGUAGGUGGGUGGGCAGUCGAGGCUGCAGUCCCAAAUCGUCAAAGCCUCAAGCUGCUGUUGCCUUUGCCUACCCUCCUCCACCUCCAUCACCAAACAAUCCUCGAUCCAUCUAGUAAGCUCCAACACCACCAUCAAAAUUAAUCCCACCAGCUUCUUCCUUUUUCCUGCCCACAUACAAAUGCUGCUUGGGCAUUAGCGAUCCUCCUCCGUCCGUCUACCUCCCCUUCCCCUUCCUCUGGGUCUGGGUGCUCCUCCCCCAGCUCCAGUCCUCCGGUGCUGAGCUGUGCUGCCGCAGGCCGCCGCAGCGCAGGGCCUGCCCCGCCAUGACGUCCACGGCGUACUCGCGGUCGUCCAAGCUGCCGGGCGGGGGGCCCGAGCGGCGGCUGCCCCCGCGCCUGAUGCGGAGCCUCACGUCCAAGAUCGAGCCCAAGAAGCUGGGCGUGGGGCUCGUCGCCGGCUGCUGCCUCGCGCUCCUCACCUACGUCUCCCUCGCCAAGCUCUUCGCAAUCUACUCCCCCGUCUUCGCUAGCACGGCCAACACGUCUGCGCUGAUGCAGAACGCGCCGCCGACCUCGUCCAAGCCGUCCGUGCCGGAGACCGAGACCAUCCCGCCGCAAGAGACGUUCGGCGGCGCCGGCGCCGAUCCGCGUGAGGCGGUGACGGGCUCCGAGGAGCCCGGCUUGCCUGAAGCUGCCGUCACGAGGAAGGACAUGGCGGGAUCCGACGAGCCCGGCUUGCCCACCAGGAAGGACGACGGCGACAAUGCGGCGGCCGCCGAGCCCACCAAACCAGCUGCUGCAGCUGCUGCUGAGGAUAAGAAAGAAGGGGACGACGGCAAUGGCGGCCAAGGAGGCGGCAAGAUGACGUGCGACGAGAACGGCGUGGACGAAGGGUUCCCGUACGCGCGUCCGACCGUGUGCGAGCUUUCCGGCGACGUCCGCGUGAGCCCGAAGCAGAAGACGGUGUACCUGGUGAACCCAUCCGGCGCCGGCGGGUUCGACGAGAGCGGCGAGAAGCGGCUCCGCCCGUACGCGCGCAAGGACGACUUUUUAAUGCCCGGCGUGACUGAGGUGACGGUGAAGUCGGUGCCCUCCGCCGCGGUGGCGCCCAAGUGCACGAAGCACCACACCGUGCCGGCGGUGCUGUUCUCGAUCGCCGGGUACACGGACAACUUCUUCCACGACAUGGUGGACGCGAUGGUCCCGCUGUUCCUGACGACGUCGCAUCUCAAGGGCGAGGUGCAGCUGCUCAUCACCAACUACAAGCCGUGGUGGGUGCAGAAGUACACGCCGCUGCUGCGCAAGAUGUCGCUCCACGACGUGAUCAACUUCGACGCCGAGGACGCCGACGACGUGCACUGCUUCCCGGCGGGCGCGUUCGUGGGGCUGUACCGCGACCGCGACCUGAUCCUGUCGCCGCACCCGACCAGGAACCCGCGCAACCUGACCAUGGUGGACUUCAGCCGGUUCAUGCGCGGCGCGCUCGCGCUGCCACGCGACCGGCCGGCCGUCCUGGGCGAGGCGCCCGGCAUGCGUCCCCGGAUGCUGAUCAUCUCGCGCGCGGGGACGCGGCGGCUGCUGAACCUGGACGAGGUGGCAAAGGUGGCGGACGAGCUGGGGUUCAACGUGACGAUCGCCGAGGCCGGCGCCGACGUGCCUGCGUUCGCGGCGCAGGUGAACGCGGCCGACGUGCUGGUGGGCGUGCACGGUGCCGGGCUGGCCAACGUGGUGUUCCUGCCGACGGAGGCGGUGGUGGUGCAGAUCGUGCCGUGGGGCAAGAUGGACUGGAUGGCCACCAACUUCUACGCGCGGCCGGCGGCCGGGAUGGCGCUCCGGUACCUGGAGUACUACGUCGGCGAGGAGGAGACGAGCCUCAAGGACAAGUACCCGCGGGAUCACGUCGUGUUCAGGGACCCCAUGUCGCUCCACACGCAGGGGUGGCAGGCGCUCGCUCAGACCAUCAUGAAGCAGGACGUCGCCGUCAACCUCACCAAGUUCCGGCCCGUCCUGCUGCAGGCGCUCGACAAGCUGCAGCAGUGACGGACUGGGGUUCCUUUUCCUGUUCAUCUUCAUCUUCCUCUUCCUCUUCCUAGGAAUGAUCGAAUGAAUUCGCCAUUGCCGACCGGCAGGAGAAGCUCAGCUCGUCGGCCAUGAGAUGGCCGGGAUUGAGGAGGCUAGCUGCUGCUGCUGGCCUGCUGCUGCUCCUACCAAGUACAGUACUAUUGCUAGAAAAAAAGAGGGGAAAUCAGGGAGGCUUCAACUUUCAAUCAAAUUGGUAAUUUGAUUGGUUCAUCGGCCGCCGGUUUGUCUUUUUUUUGGUUUGUAACUGUAGUAGUAACAAGAGAAGAGCUUGGAUAGUGCACUACAUACACUACACACGAACAGGAAUUAUGUUCAUUCUUUCUUCCUUGAUUCACUUGAGUUCACCUCACUUGGCAUUAUUCUUCUACUGAACAUUCAAUCUUUUCUUGA